GGGCGGGCGCGCGCGGGGGGCCGCGGGCGGCCGGGAAAGUUGCGAGGCGCUGAGGAGGCGGCGGCAGCGGCAGCAGCCCCGGCGCCGCCAUGGACGACCUGGGGUCUACUCAGCUUUGGAGGAAGCCAGAAGAAAUUCUGAAUUCAGCAGUGUUAUGCUGGUGGAAAAGCAGUGCGAGCAAACAAUCUUGAGUCCCGGUUUCCUGCUCUGCGUCUCAGAUUGCUGCUCCCUCCUUUGUGUGCUGAGCUUCUGUGUCCCUUUUUGUCCGAUGCGGAAGUUGGUAAUGAAGAUGCUCUUCUGCUUCAGCUGCUUGAAAGUGAGACAUUGUCUGUGCGAAGCCUCCCCAGGAUAUGAUGCCUUGCUAGCGGACCUGGAAUCUACCACUUCACAUAUAUCCAAGCGACCAGUGUUUCUAACGGAGGAAACGCCUUACUCCUACCCAACUGGAAACCACACGUACCAGGAGAUUGCUGUGCCGCCGCCAGUGCCGCCACCACCUUCUAGCGAGGCCCUGAAUGGCACCGUGAUUGACCCCUUAGACCAGUGGCAACCCAACGUAUCCAGAUACGUCCACCAGCAACCCCAGUCCCAGUCUCCUAUAUACAGCUCUAGUGCCAAAAGCUCCAGUGCCUCGGUUCCCAGAGACGGGCUCAGCUCUCCUUCCUCCCGUGCCGGUGAAGAGGAACACGUCUACAGUUUCCCCAACAAGCAAAAGUCUGCAGAACCAUCUCCCACGAUGACAAGCUCCUCUCUGGGCAGCAAUCUCUCAGAACUGGACAGGCUUCUCCUGGAACUGAAUGCCGUUCAGCAUAAUCCCCCCAGUGGCUUCCCAGCAGAUGAAGCCAGCAGAAGCCCAUCACUGCCCAGUGCAACUGGACCUCACUAUGUUAUCCCGGAGGGCAGCAGCUCUGUGGGAGGGAAGGCUGCUCCCCCUACAAAAGAAAAGCCAAAGCGAAACGGCGGGCGUGGGAUCGAAGAUGUGCGUCCCAGCGUGGAGAGCCUGCUGGACGAGCUGGAGAGCUCUGUGCCGAGUCCAGUCCCUGCAAUCACUGUGAGCCAAGGCGAGGUGAGCAGCCCCCAGCGGGUCACGGCCAGUCAGCAGCAGACCCGUAUAUCUGCCUCCUCAGCUACCCGAGAACUGGAUGAACUGAUGGCGUCUCUCUCUGACUUUAAGUUCAUGGCACAGGGGAAAGCAGGAAGCAGCUCCCCUCCAUCCACAGCCCCCAAACCUGGCAGCCAGCUGGACACCAUGCUGGGAAGUCUCCAGUCUGACCUGAACAAAUUGGGUGUAGCUACAGUUGCCAAAGGCGUCUGUGGAGCCUGCAAGAAGCCUAUUGCUGGGCAGGUAGUUACAGCCAUGGGGAAGACCUGGCACCCUGAGCACUUCGUCUGCACCCACUGCCAGGAGGAGAUUGGGUCACGGAACUUCUUUGAGCGGGAUGGUCAACCCUACUGUGAGAAGGACUAUCACAACCUCUUCUCCCCUCGCUGCUACUACUGCAAUGGGCCGAUCCUUGAUAAAGUGGUGACGGCUUUGGACAGGACAUGGCACCCUGAACACUUCUUCUGUGCCCAGUGUGGAGCUUUCUUUGGACCUGAAGGAUUUCAUGAGAAGGAUGGCAAGGCCUAUUGCCGCAAGGACUACUUUGACAUGUUUGCUCCCAAGUGUGGAGGCUGUGCCCGGGCUAUCCUGGAAAACUACAUCUCUGCCUUGAACACCCUGUGGCACCCCGAAUGCUUUGUCUGUCGGGAAUGUUUCACACCAUUCAUUAACGGCAGCUUCUUCGAGCAUGACGGGCAGCCCUACUGCGAGGUGCAUUACCACGAGCGUCGCGGCUCGCUGUGCUCCGGUUGCCAGAAGCCUAUCACAGGACGCUGCAUCACUGCGAUGGGCAAGAAAUUUCACCCCGAACACUUUGUCUGUGCCUUCUGCCUCAAGCAGCUCAACAAAGGAACCUUCAAAGAACAAAACGACAAGCCCUACUGUCAGAACUGCUUUCUCAAGCUCUUCUGUUAGAGGCAUCAUAGAGGGGAGCUAAGCAUCUUUCUGCCACCCCCUUGGCAGUUCUGUCUCUUUGAACAUUACUGUGAUUUAGAAACCUUACCAGGCAGGGGAGAAGGGGAGGGGGUGGGGUGGGAGUGCUUGCUGCUGCUAUGGAGAGGCAGUAGAUCCAGAGAUGAGAUGGACCAUUAAACUGGAAAUGCCCUUGCUGUAUCUCAGCAGAGAGAGGCUGAGUCCCCUCAUUACAGUGCGUGUGUGUGUGUCUGCGUGUGUGACUGACAGCCGAGCUCGGCCCCGGGGCUCGGCAGGGAGGUUUCACCCAGCCCCCUCCUGGCAGGAGGAAUCUGUGCCAGUGCUUUUCAGCCUGUGUCAGUUCUCCAAGCAAAUCGUGACACUUGCAGACAACACAGCCCUCCGCUUUGACACCUCUCUCUGAGGCAUUUGAGUGCAUUCAUGCAGUCCGAGCAAUAGCGCAGCGAGGGCACCCUGUAAUCUUGGCGCCACCCUGGCUCUGCUCGCCAGAGCCAAGUGGCACGUGUGAUUUACUGAGAUGAGAGCGUCAGCACAGGCAGCCAAGACCCGGCAAGGGUCUCUCCAGUUCCAUUACACUGUAAGGAGUUGAUACCACUUACUUUUUCUUAAGAGGAAUUGAUGCAUUACUGUGUGGGUUUUUUUUUUUUUCCUGGUUUGUAAUCCCCUGCCCGUUCUCAGCACGCUGGAGCAAGAGGUGGGGAAGAAGCCCCCGAUCGCCCCUCAGCACUGAUGUGCGCUCCCGCGGGUGGGAUCCUGUGCAGGGCUCCUCUGUCAGCACCCAGGCCUGCUCAGGGCCUCUGCUCCCCUUGCUGGCUGCCUCCAGGAGAGAGGAAGAGGCUGGCAUCCUCCCUUCUUUAAAAGCAGGUGCAGAGAGGUUAGGGCACAGCCUUUCCCAUCCAUCCCUGCCAUGAGCAAAUGUGACGUGUGGGUAUCUGGCCUGAAAAUCUCCCACCUACCAGGGCCUGAAAACAGUCACAGGAGCGGGGAGAAGUGGAGGGGUUUAGGAAGCCAGGAAAAAAAAGCUCCAGAUGAUAUCUUUUCUUCUUCCUCUCUUUGCUAAUGAGACCUGUCAGCCUUUGGUAUUUCCCUUUUCUGUGCUCUUGUUAAACAUGUUCUACUGAGAGACACUAGAGCAAUAACCUUUUAUAUUGACUGUUACUGGUAUAACAAGUCCCUUGGGUCAAGUGUGUGACACACUUGUGGUUUUGCUAUCAAAGUGAAUACUGUAUCCUCUCUUUGAUAAGAACUGUAGAUUUCUACACUGAUUUUGAUUUCAUAUCUAAUUUACUUUUAAUCCUCUUAUACAGAAAUGGGUUUUGAAGUGAUUUUAAGAAAGCAACUUUUAUAUCUCGAGCUGCGCUGUUCUAGGCAGCGUGCCAGUUGUGCUGGUUUACUGCAUCUGUAACCUCAACGCUUUGUUAAACCUAACUAACAUUGAGUAUUUUCCUUUUAUUGCGGGUUGGGAGGGGCUGGAAUCUAUGGGGAAGGGAAUGUGACUUGUAUUUUUUUUUUUUCCUAGCACAGGCAGGUGAACUGUGAAUAGCUUUUUUUUAAUUUUUUUUUUCUUUUCUUCCCCCCUCCCCUUCCUCCUCUGGGUCACCUAAAAGUGUGUUUUUUGGUUUUUAUUGUAACCUGUAAACUGCUGUAUUUGAAUCACCUGCCUUUCUCCCAAAGCCUAGCUUCCAGGAUGUUAUAGUGAGUCUUAAUAUGAUGCUGCAGGGGGCAAGAGCUCAGAGCUUCACCCUCAGUUUCUCUUCUUCAGCCAUCUGAAAUCAGAGCAGGGCUAAUUGGGGAAGGGUUCCUUUUCUCCUGUGGAAUAAUGGUCUUGUGACUAAAGAAAAGGAGGAAAAGUUGGGAGAUACAGACUCUGUUCCUGACUAGCUGUGUAGCUUUGGGCCAGUUAUUAAACCUCGCUGUGCCUCAGUUUCCCCAUCUGUAAAAUGGGGGCAUUUUUGCCUGGAUUCAUGAAGUUAUAGUGAGGCUUAGUUCAUGUUUGCUGAAGCACUUUUAGAUCUCUGGCUGGAGGGUGCCUUCUAUAGAAGGUUGAAUAUUAUGUUGAAAUACUCUACAGUGUUCUGUGGUAACAGCCAAAGCAGCCCAGGGAGCAGUGUUUGGGAUUAUACUCCAGAAUACUACAGCAAUAUUACUAUUGGAAUGGGUAAUGUCAGGGCAUACGGUUUUACCUUGGUAGAUACGUUGGGGAUCUGGCGUGACCGUGUCAGAAACAAGCCAGGCUUUUUAGGCUGGGAUUCCCCAGUUACUGUUCCAUGUAAUCUUGGCUUGGUGCUUCACUACCCUGCUUAAAUCAUUGCAACUACUUUUCAUUAGAUUGCCGUACAAAUGAGCCUCAGUUUGUAGCUGUUAAAGCAAAGGGACCUGUGGAAGCACUAGAACUAAAGCUACGUCAGCUGGGCUGAGUGCGGCUUUUGGACAGCCCAAGAGGCAAGAAAACUUACAAAUUUGUCAUUUUAUUUUUGAAAUCAAUUUUACUUAAAAUGAGUAUUUCUAAUCUAUGUGUGGUUAUCUUGCUGAAAAGAUCAACUUGUUCUGGCCCCAAGAGGACAAGAAGCCUUCGUGCAGGACGGGGAGUGAGAAGGUUGGAGUGCCGUUUCUGGCACUAGCACUCGUUGUGCGACACCUACCAAACUGUGUAAUCAUGUGCCUCAGUUUCCCUGAGUCUGGGGAUCCUUUAACCUACCUCACUGCUUGUUGAGGCUUACUUCACUGAAAUUUCUGGAGUGCGGGGAAAACCUUGGAUGCAAGGUGCCACAGAAGUGUGGUGGUGGUACUGUAGGCCAGUACCAAUAAGGGGAACUCUUCUAUCAUUAAUGCUAAGCGGAGAUCAUUAAACAAGUUAUCUCCUGAGCAAAAUGUUGAGUUUUUCCUGGAUUCAUCUGGUUUGUGACAUGCUGGGAUGCUGCACAGAUGCCGCUCAGCCAAAUAAUUACUUUUGUGGUGCCUGCUGCCAAUGUGGAUGUCAAAAAUGCCUAUGAUUUAACUUCAGUUUUAGACUAGAAGGGCCAAGGUGCUGCACAGAGCAAAGGGGGAGGGUGAUGUGUUGUGGUAGCCCAGGUGCGAGGGGGUUUGCGCCAGUGCGUGGUGCUGCGGGAAGGACCUGUGAGACGGGCUAACACUGCUGCAGGUCCUCAGGUAUGUCCGGAGGAGAGAGUGGUGGUACCUGCCCUCGGGAGGUGGCCACACGUUGCUGGUCCCCAGCCCCUUGUUUGAGCUGAGGGGCCGUGUGCGGAGGCAGAGGUGAGGUAGCUGAGCUUGGCCAUGUCACUGUUUCCUCGCAGGGUUUUGCCCGUAAAGGCCUUAGCGCUCCCUUUACAGCGCUCUCCAGGCUCGUGGGCUCUUGCCCUGCGCCGAGAGCCGUCAGCGCAGAAAGGUCCCUUUCCAAGCACAUCCUCGCUGGGCUGGGGGGGGGGGGGAUUCUCCUCUGGGUCGACAGUUAAUUUGAUACCUUCCUUUUUUUUUUUCCCCCUUGUAAACUUCUAACUCUGCUUUGUCCAUUUAAAAUUCUUGCAGUUACGCUAAUAAAAUUUUUACCAUUACUCUGA